AUGCACAGAACAGCCGUUGAAUCAAGCCAAACUGUCAAUGAGCCCAUCUUCAAGAGCUUUGGGAUUCUCGAUCAAUUUCUGGCAGCAUGGGUAUCCCUUGAUACAGCAUCUGGCAUCAUCAUGAGCAAUUUCGUCUUUAACACCGGUCCAGCCUUGCAAAAACAAACCUUUGUUGGUGUUUCUGGCCACAUCGCAAUUGCAAAAUUUAAGAUGGAGUAUUAUGUUUUCGAUUAUACCCCGACUUUGACUUUCUUGCCAGAGGAACCAGAGUUUCGAACGGGCACAUUCUUGUCAGAUUGUGAGAUGCAUUGCAAUGGUGAGAAGAUUAACAAUCCACCAAAGGUCUCAACCUAUGCAGGGACGGAUGAAAGCUAA